AUGUUAUCAGAAGAGUAUUUUAUUGACAAUAUAAAUUAUGAUGAAAGAUUUGUAGCUAACUUUAUCGAUACGAUUAAAGCUUAAUAAACUCUGCUGUAAGAAUUAGAUUAGGGUCAUACAGACAUGAAUAAUAAACUAGAAUUGGUAAAAAGGGAAAGAGAUUUAGUACAAUAGACAUAUCUUUCAAAUGAAGAAAAACUCGCAGAGUAAUAUGCAUUAGUUUUAGAACUUGUAAAUUAAUAUGAAAUUAACUUAGCAAAGUUCAGAUCAAUCAAAGAGUAGAUUGAUCUUUUUACAAGCACUUUAGGAGAUUUCAACAUUUUAUGGGUACAUAAUUUAUAGGAGAACAGAUAUGAUAGUUAAAAAGAUUAGUAUGAAGAGUUAAGAUAAAAAAUAGAGAAAAAAUAUGGUGAGUAACUCAUAGGCGAAAAAGAGCUCGAGAAAAAUUUAUACUAGAAAUUCAUGUUGAUUAUAGAAGAGAUUGAACAAAUCUCACAAGGCUAAUUUGACCUACUAACAUAAAUGAAGGCUGAAAUAUUAAUUUCUUGUGAAAUCGAUAUAAUCCCUAAUCUAGAGAAGAUACCAUUCUCCUAAAAAAAGGAGUUGGUAAAUAAUCAAAAGAAAAUAUCUCAAAUCUUAAUGUCCUCUGAUAUGCUUAUGCUUAAACUUAGAAUACAGCUUUUAAACUAAAAAUUGUUUAAAAUAAUUGGCAUUGUUGAGAACUAUCUGAAGUAGUACAGUACUAAUAAAGUUAACAUCAAAGAUCCAGAAAGUUUUGAAAUCGCCUUCAAGGAUUAUGACAAUAUUAAAAAGAACUAUCCAUAAGAAUUUGAGAAAUUUAUCCAAGAAAUCAAUAAUGAAAAUAACGAAAACUACUAUUCUUUAAUCUAAUAAAAAAAUAAAAAUGAAAGUUUGGAAAAUUUCUUUCAAUAGCAAAAAGCCCUUCAUUUUAGCUUGAAAGAUAUGAAAUACUUUAUUAUUAACAAUAUGGAAGAUAUUUAAAGCUUUCAAAUUACAAGAACUGAAUUACUUUGGUAGGAGUUUAUUGAUAAGUAUAAACCUACUAUCAAAAUCUAAAGAAUGCAAGGUAAUAAUUACAGAUUUGGAGACAGGUUAAUCACUACAAAAAUUAUUGAUGGUGAGUUAUGUGUCAAACUAGGCAGAACAUCAAUUACAUUAGAAAAGUAUUACAAUAUACAUUAUUAAAAGGUAGAGGAAUAGUAAAAAAUACUAGAAUUGACUCAAUCCCUUUAAAAGAAGUAAGGCUUUGAUUUAAAUACCUAUAAUACUAACUCUUCCUCUGAUACUAACAAAGCUAUGAAGGUUUUUACUAAAUUUGGUUAGCAAUAGUUGCAAUUUCUACAGUAGUAAUAGUCAGAUAGUAUCUAACCUCAGAAUCGUACACUCAUGAAUACUCCUUCUCCCAGCCCCUCUAGUCUAGAAUUAAAAAAAAUGUCUUCACCAUUAAGUGAUCCUAAAAAUGACAAAGAACUUAUAGGUUUGCUUAGAAAGUCAAUAGCUUUGAGACACUCUCCUUAAACUAAAACUAAUACUUUUGAGGGUUCAAAUCAUGCUGGAAAAUUAUAAGACUCAAAACAAUAAUAAAGAGUAAUUUUUAAGUCAAGAAAUAUCAAAAAUAUUGAGCCUAUAGUGAGUAAAGUAAGCCAAACUUUAACUCACAAUUUUCUAAAUCAUCAAAGUUUAAUUUCACCCAAAGGAAAUUAUCUCUCUGUGUAGCAAAAUAACAUUCCAAGACAGAAUGGGGAUCAAAUGCAAUUCAGUAGUAGAAAUAGACUUAGCAUUGCCUCAUAAAACUCAGUCAAAGAAACUUAAUCAAACGAUUCUUCAAACCAGAGAGGUGGUGGAGAGUAGCAAUCAACUAUCUAAAAAAUUUAGAGAAAGACAAUAUCAGAUUUGAAAAAAUGGAAAAACUUUUGA